CAGGCGGGCAGACGGCGGGUGCGGGUGCGAUGGUGUGGCCGCCGGGAGCGGUGCCCGCGCGGGCGGGCUCGGCGGAGGUGGCGGUGGCGGUGUCGCCGGCCGUGGACCUGGCGCUGGGCGCGGGCGCGUGCUGCGUGGCGUGCGUGUUCACGAACCCGCUGGAGGUGGUGAAGACGCGGCUGCAGCUGCAGGGCGAGCUGCGGGCGCGGGGCACGUACGCGCGGCACUACCGCGGGGUGCUGCACGCCACGGCCGCCGUGUGCCGCGCCGACGGGCCGCGCGGGCUGCAGAAGGGGCUGGCGGCCGCGCUGCUGUACCAGGGGCUCAUGAACGGCGCCCGCUUCUACGUGUACUCGCACGCCGAGGACGGCGGCUGGACGCAGCGGCCCGGCGGCACCGUGGCGGCGGGCGCCGUGGCCGGAGCCGUGGGCGCCUUCGUGGCCAGCCCCGCGUACCUGGUCAAAACUCACCUGCAAGCCCAGACCGUGGCAGCCGUGGCAGUGGGACACCAGCACAACCACCAGAGCGUCUCCAGCGCCUUUGAGACCAUCUACAGGAAGCAAGGCAUCGUGGGCCUGUGGCGGGGCGUGAACGGCGCCGUGCCCCGUGUCACGGUGGGCUCCGCGGUGCAGCUGGCCACCUUCGCGUCCGCCAAGGACUGGGUGAGGAAGCGCAAGUGGUUCAAGGAGGGCAGCUGGAUGGUGGCCUUGGCAGCUGGCAUGAUCAGCAGCGUGGCCGUGGCCGUGGCCAUGACUCCCUUCGACGUGGUCAGCACCAGACUCUACAACCAGCCCGUGGACGAGCUGGGGAUGGGGAAGCUCUACCGAGGGUUUCUGGACUGCUUUGUGCAGAUCUCUGGCAAGGAGGGCAUCCUGGCCCUAUAUAAAGGCAUCGGCCCUGCCUACCUGCGCCUGGGGCCACACACCAUCCUCAGCCUGCUCUUCUGGGACGAGCUGCGGAAGCUGGCCUGUUACCACCUGCAGCACGACGUCUAAGCCUCUGCGUGAACAAGACCGGCACGUCCGUCACAGGCAUGUGGACGCCGAGAUCUCCGCACCGGCGUGAUGAGACCUGGAGCCUGGGAGCAGCAGGGCUGCUGCUGUACGGGAGCCCAGGCAGAGUCAGGGCAGGUCUUGAAGGGAGUCUGAAGCCCCCCAAGACAUCUGGGUCUGGGGGGGAGCUCUGGGCCCAGCUCGGCUGCCUGCCAUUGGGUCCAGACGCCCCCGAACGAGAGGCUGGGGCUCCAUCCAGGACCGGUGUCUCCUGUAGAGCGAACUCUGCCAUCUGAGCCUGCCGCAGCGCAUCCAACCCAGGUGUGCACCUGCCUGACAUGGGCUUUCUCUUGGGCAAGCUGCGUCCCUCUCCGGUGCCUCAGUUUCCCCACCAGCAAAACAGGGGUCAUUGCACUCCCCUUCCUCGUGGGGCUGCCAGUGGGGUAAAUUACUUGAUGUGUGGUAAGGUGCCGCGGGGCCCUGGGCAUGUACGUGUGCCAGGCAGCAUGCUAUAAGCUACUCAGCCUUGCAUGGGCUUGGAGGGCCAAGCUCUUGGGGGCUGUCUGCUGGAGAGGGACCCAAGUGUAGCCCUUAGCCAGAGGACUAGUCCGUCGUCCUCGCUGCAGGACAGCAGGGUCUGUGCGGGGGGAGCCGAGCAGUGUGUGGAGAGGUCUUCCGAGGAGCACGUUGCCAGCAGCACCCGGGGGACACCACGGUGCCCUCCAUGACUGCCCAUGCACCGCGGCCUGGCCUGGGAGAGGUCCCAGGCGUCGUGCUGCUCUGGAGAUGGGCACUGCUAAAUGGACAGGGCAGGGGCUGCCCACCCAGGCGGUGGGACUGCGAGGUGGAUUUCCUUGGGGUAAGCAGGCAGCUCUCCCCUCUCCAGGGGGGAGCUCGUAGCACUCCACAAGCCCCCUGGGUCUGAGCUCUCAGCCUCUUGCAAACCCACUUCCUAGCCUCGCAAACCCACCCCAGCGUGUGUGAGCCUGGCAGCAGACACGGGAGCUGGGAAGCAAAGUGCUGUGGCCCAAGUCCAGGGGAGCAGCUCCCCCCACCCUCCUCCAUGUCAGGGGGGAGACCCCUGAGCACCGAUGAUCCUGGCCUGCCAAGCCUCUUCCCUCGGUCACACGUUGACCUGGUGCCCUUCAUGCUGGGAGUGCUGCCGACCCAGCCCCAUACGGGGUGAUGAAGGGAGUGGGGCAAGACUGCAGUGCAGGCUGUAUAGGAGCCUGGAUCACAGCAACCCAAUAAAAGGGUUUGAUUCUUGUGCCUUGUUUUUA